AUGGUUAAUGCAAAGACAUUAUUCGAGAAUGCGCAAGGAAGCAGAUACAAGUGUACAACAGUGAAUUCAUUGUAUAACAGUUGUAAUAUUCAUGCUUUAAUUAGUGAAUAUAUUGUCAUCUACACCGCCAAUUGAUUUCAUAUUUACUUUCUUUUCCAUUUUUGUUUGUUCCUUGUUUAAUAUUGUAAUUGACAGAUCCAGAGGGAACAAUAAGAAGAAUUGUCUCUCAUAAAUCUAUUUUAUGAAGUAUUUAUUUACGCGUACGUAAUACACGUAUAUGAUAUAAAAGACCUUGUGCGCUAAGGGUUGUUUUAGAGGAUUACACAUUUGCUAAUUGAUUCAUCGCUAUCCUAUUACAAUGGUUCAAUUACGGCGUCAGAUUUUGUUCUGUGGAAGCAUUUUGAAUCAAUUUCAAAUUAAUACCAAAAGGAAUUCAUCAUCUUUACAAAUUAGAGAUAGAAAAGCAGUACAAUCAGAACGUUCUUUUAAGUAUGCAGAUCUAACAGUCCGUCUUGCAGGACCAGACCAAUUGCAACCAAAACCAGAUGUCAGUGCUUUAGCAUUUGGCAAAUAUUUUACAGAUCAUAUGUUAAAAAUAUUUUAUUAUGAAGCAUUAGGAGGAUGGCAAAUACCAGAAAUUACUCCUUUUGAAAAUUUAGUCCUUCAUCCAGCAUCGAAAGUUCUUCACUAUGCUAUAGAAUUAUUUGAAGGUUUAAAGGCUUACAGAGGAAUAGAUGGAAAAAUUAGAAUAUUUAGACCAGAACUAAACAUGGAACGAAUGAACAAUUCAGCAAUGAGAGCUGGUUUACCUACAUUUAUUGGAGAAGAAUUAAUUAAAUGUUGCUGUAGAUUAAUUAGUAUUGAUCAAGAAUGGGUACCUCAUUCUACUGCUUCUAGUCUCUAUAUACGUCCAACAUUCAUAGGAAUAGAUCCUGCACUUGGCGUAGCAUCUUCAAAAUCUGCUUUGCUCUAUGUUAUUGCGUCACCUGUGGGUUCUUAUUUUAAAAAAACGAACGAAAACGUUGGUAUUUCUUUAUUAGCUGAUCCUCAAUAUACAAGAGCAUGGCCAGGUGGUUGUGGUAACUAUAAAAUGGGUAGCAAUUAUGGGCCUACUAUACAUGUACAAAAAGAAGCUAUAGAGAAGGGCUUGCAACAAGUUCUAUGGCUUUAUGGGGAAGAUAAUGAAGUAACUGAGGUUGGAACUAUGAAUAUCUUCAUGUUCUUUAUAAAUGAUGAUGGUGAAAAAGAAUUAAUAACACCACCCUUAACAAGUGGUUUAAUUCUUCCUGGAGUUACAAGAAAUUCUAUUUUAGCAUUAGCUACAGAAUGGAAUGAAUUUAAAGUUAGUGAAAGGAAAUUUUGUAUGGGCGAAGUUUGUCGAUUGCUUUCGGAAAACAGAUUGUUAGAAAUGUUCGGAGCAGGAACAGCAUGCACAGUUAAUCCUAUAUCUUACAUAGAAUAUGCUGGACGACCAUUGCAUAUACCAACAAUGAAACACUCUAAUCCCAUAUAUAAAAUAUUAUUAAAACAUUUAUCUGAUAUACAAUAUGGUGUUAUAUCAGACCACCCUUGGGCUAUACCUAUUGAAUGAAAAUAGAAUAAUUAAUUGGAGUAUUUAUUACACAAUGGUAAACACGAAUGAUUUUCAUGCAAUUUUUGAUUGCAAAUGAUAUUAACGUUAUUCAACAUGUCACAAUUUUGUUAAUUUUAUGUGGACGUGAAUUUUUAUUUAUUCGGACGCAAAGCUAAUCUUGUCUGAAGAGAUUUAAGAAAUGAAUACGUAUUGGAGAUUAAAAUCAAACUCAGGGAUUAAUUGUUUAUUACACAAGGUAAAACAAUUUUUUAAUACUGAGUUUUACAUUCAUAUAUGCGUGUAUGUGCAUAUGUGUUGAAUGACAAUUUGUGCAAUUUGUACACACAAAUAUGUGUGAAUUCCUGUAUAAAAAUAUAAACAUAUUAUAUUUUUUUUUUCAUUUACUAUCUUAUAUAAUUUUAGUAAUUCCUUUAUGGCCUAAAUUUAGUGUUCUAUCUGUGAUCAAGAAAGGGAACAAAAAAAAAAGAAUAUGUUACAAAGAGUUGUUUUUCUAUUCAAUAAACACAAGAUCCAAAUAUAAUUUUUAUACUUCUAUAUAAUCUGAAUCUAUAAA